AAUGUUUGUGUUUUUAUUAUGAUAACUGAUGAUAACCACGAAAAUUUAAUUAUAAUAUGUAAUACAGAAAGUAAAUGUUUGAUUUUCGCUGACUCACAUAUACAUUGGAGGUAUAGACGUAUACGAUUGAUACGUAUUUAAUAUAUAUUUAUAAAAUGCGUCUGAACAUGAAAACACGGCUAAUCCACUAGAUCUAAAAUAAACAAACCUUGAAUAAAAUUAAACAUUUGUUAAAACAUCAUUUGCGUCGGAGCCCAGCAGCGCCUACGUCAAACAAUGAAGCCGGCGACUGAACAUGGAAAUGUCACUACCAUGAAACCUGCAAUCCUUGUGACGGGCGGCGCUGGCUACGUUGGCUCACAUACAGUCGCAUCACUCCUGGAGCGACAAGACGCCACUGACUAUGAUAUCGUGGUCGUGGACAACCUGAGCAAUGCGUACCGAGCUGAAGGACGAAAAAAGCCCGAGUGUCUGAGGAUCAUUGAGGAAAUGACCGACAAAACGAUACAUUUCUAUGAAGUAGAUAUUAGAGACGCGACGGGUUUGAGCAGGGUUUUCGAGAAUCACAACAUAGACUGCGUCAUACACUUCGCGGCGCUGAAGGCGGUAGGCGAGUCUGUACAGAAGCCACUCGAAUACUACCAGGCGAACAUAACCGGGACCUGCACGCUUUUUGACGUUAUGCGGAAAUACGGCGUAUACAAACUAGUAUAUAGCUCCUCAUGCACUGUUUACGGCGAACCGGAGAAGUUACCCCUCAACGAGAGCCAUCCUACAGGUCAGGGCCUAACCAGUCCCUACGGCAAGUCCAAGUACUUCUGCGAAGAGAUCAUGAAGGAUAUAUGCAGGAGCGAUAAGAAAUGGAUGGUGAUAUCUCUUCGAUAUUUCAACCCUGUGGGGGCACAUCAUAGCGGGCGCAUUGGGGAAGAUCCCUCGGGAAUACCCAACAACUUGAUGCCGUUUAUAGCACAGGUUGCCGUAGGACGCCUUAAGGAGCUUCUAGUUUUCGGCAAUGACUACCCGACAGCAGACGGUACCGGGGUUCGGGACUACAUCCACGUGGAAGACCUGGCCGAGGGUCACGUUAAGGCCAUAAAAUUGUUCCACCAGCCCGGCUUUAGUGGUUUCCAUGCGGUCAAUUUGGGUACGGGCACAGGUUACUCCGUUCUGCAAAUGGUGAAGGCAUUCGAAGUGGCGUGCGGUCGUCAAAUCCCAUACAAGAUCGUUGGCAGACGCGAUGGAGACAUAGCUGCGAACUAUGCAGACGUCUCCCUCUCACACAGGUUGUUGGGUUGGCGUGCGAUAAAGACGUUAGAGGAUAUGUGCGCGGACACGUGGAGAUGGCAGAGUAAUAACCCUGACGGGUUUAAAUGCAGCUAAAUAAAGAAAUUAAAACGUAAAUACAAUUUUUUUAGGUUUUGCAGAGUCUCAUGUACGAUAAUAAACGAAAUAUCAUUUAUAUAAAUAAUCAACCAAUAUGUCUAAAUGUGAUAAACUCAGGUCGACGCGUCUCUGGAUUACAUCCAAGACGUGAAUUAAUUCAUAGAAGAAUUUCUUAAAAUUAAUUCAUAAUCUUAAAUAAUAUAUACUCUACUUAUUUUAAUAUAUCAAAUUAAAACGUUCACUUUGCAAAACCUUUAGAUUAAUAAUUUUACAUUUUUGAUGAGGCAUCAUUAACUAUUAUUUAAAAGCUUCAAAACGACGUCACCAAACCAGUGUGGUAUAAGUUACCAUUAUUUUGGUAAAAUCCAUAUUGAAAAUUUCAAAACGUUCCUACGGAGUUGCCAUAAUUAUAUAUUUAAUGUUUUUUUUUUUAUUUAAGUGAUAAAAAUAGUCAUGUGUUAAACUUAAACCAAAGUAAUAAUAUUCCAAAAAAAUACCAAAGUGUUAACCAGUGAGUUAAAUUGUAAGAAAUUUAUUUUUAGAGUAUUAAUUUUUUGACUUUACCAUAUUUAAUAAUUUAUGUCUAACAUAUAUAAAACUGCUAAAUAAUCCCCACAUCUUCCAUUUUCUGUACAAGGAUGGGGAUAGAGACAGUGUCAAAUGCUUUUUUCAAAUCCAAAAAUACUGCCAGACAUUUAGCUUUACUAUCCAGUUUACAUAACAUAUAUACAUAAACACUCACGCCUGUCACCCAGAGGGGUAGGCAGAGACUACGGACUUCCAUUUGGCGCGAUUCUGACACACCUCUCUCGCCUCUUUUACAUCCAUAUAUCUACGCAUACACGCUCGUCGGUUAUGGGUACUCUCUAAUCUGGCCCAUUUUUAAUGUAUCGCCGAUUUGGUCGAUAAACCUUCGUCUAGGGCGUCCCUUCCCGACCCUGCCGUUCACUUCCGCAACAUAAAUUUGCUUUGUCACUCUUUCACUAUCCAGUUUAUCAACAAUUUGAGAAGUUAAUGCAGUCACCGCAUCUUCUGUAUUUUUUCCACUACGGAAACCAUAUUGUGAUUCAGACAGGAUGUUAAAAUCAUUGAGGUAACACAGAAGUCUUUUGUUGAUAACUUUUUCAAUAAUUUUGGAUAUUGCUGGCAGUACAGAGAUAGGUCUAUAAUUAUUAACAUCUUCUCCAUCCCCAUUCUUGUACACUGGAGUUAUGAUUGAUUCUUUAAGGAGUUUUGGAAAUACUCCCUUAUUAAAACAUUUUGGAUAAAUUUGUGAUGAUUGGUACAACUUCAUUUCUAGCAAGUUUUAGGAAACUGGUUGGAAUAUUAUCCCAACCGGGAGAGCUUUUAGUUUUUAGUCCCAUCAACAUAAGAGUAAACUUCCUCCCGGUCAGCAUCAAGAAGCACAAAUGAGGGCAAUUGAGACUUUCUUUGGGAAACGCUCACAGUCCUGGUCCCAUUUAGUAAUCCAUGGGGUUGAGGUAUAGAAUUAGCUAGAUUUUAAUGCAUUUAUUAUACAAAAUAAGUUACGAAAUAGUACAACAGAAAGGCAUUUAUUCCAAAUUUAUCAUUCCUUAUUUCUACGUUUCGAAGAGUUUAUUAAAUUUAUUAAAAUAUAUUUCAUUUUUAUUUAUUAUUGUAAGAAAUUUGUUUAGGUGCUACUUUUAAAAUGUGUAAAUUCAGGAGUACAAAUGUACUCUAACAAAACGUUGGUAGUAAAUAAUAAAAUGUUAUUAUG